AUGGAAACUAUAAACAGAUCCCAUACAACUAUUGGCCCCAAGUUUGACACGGACACUGAAUGUGCCCCGGGUAAAGGAGAAAAUGCGCUGUCAACAGUGGCGGAUGAAAAAGAUGGAAUAAAUGGUUAUGUCAAUGAAACGAUCAGGAACGAUGACUUUCAGGCAGGUGUAAAGAAAAUCGAGGCCGUGACUGCCACAUGGAGUCGGAGAUCGAUGUUCACAAUCUUGGUAUUAAUAUGGUUCCUCACCUUGGUCAACAAUUUUAAAAGCGCUAUGGUGUAUAGCUUGAGCCCUUACGCCACGAGUUCUUUCCAAGGCCAUUCACUCAUAACUGUUAUAACCAUCGUGGCAAAUGCAAUGUCAGCCGCAGUCUAUAUUCCAAUGGCAAAGGCAUUGGACCUCUGGGGCCGUGCAGAGGGGUUCCUCUUGAUGAUUGUUUUCUGCAUUCUCGGAUUGGUCCUUUUGGCAACAUCCCACAACCUAGUUACCUAUUGCGCUGGACAGGUAUUUUACCAAGUAGGCUUCGGAGGACUUUCCUACAGCUGGGAUGUGCUUGCAGCCGACGUGACGGAUCUGCGAAACCGUGGCCUGGCAUUUGCAUUCACCUCGUCCCCGGCUUUAAUAUCAGCAUUUGGUGGGUCCAAAGCGGCUGCAGUCUUUUUAGACAACGUCAACUGGCGAUGGGGCUAUGGAAUAUGGGCAGUAACCCUGCCGGCUUUCGGCCUGCCCAUUUAUUUCAUGCUAGCCUACAACUUGCACAAGGCCGAGAAGCAAGGGAACUUUGCUAGAGAAAGUACAAAUACAAAAUUGAGCUUACAUGUCUGGUGGAUGGUAAAAGAAUUCGAUCUGCUAGGAGUCGUUCUCUUCGCUGGGGGCUUUGUUAUAUUCCUUCUCCCAUUUACUCUAGCUACUACAGCGCCCCAUGGUUGGCAAUCCGGCUAUAUCAUUGCGAUGACCGCAGUUGGCCUAAUUCUCAUCAUACUCUUUGGCUUCUAUGAGACAUAUUUAGCACCAGUCCCGUUCUUAAACUACAAAUUCCUCACGGACAGGACGAUUCUAGGGGCAUGCCUUCUGGACAUGACAUAUCAAAUCUCUUACUUCUGUUACGCCUCCUAUCUCACGUCCUUUUUACAAGUGGUAUACGAUUUAGACGUUGCAACAGCGGGAUACGUGGGCAACACCUUUAGCGUGGUGUCGUUCGUCUUCUUAUUUGUCGCUGGCUGGCUUAUUCGUGUGACCGGUCGCUUUAAAUGGAUUCUGUGGAUCUGUGUUCCACUUUAUAUCUUCGGGUUGGGUCUUAUGAUUCACUUUCGUCAGCCUAGGGGAUACAUUGGCUAUAUUGUCAUGUGUGAGAUUUUCUUCUCCGUUGCUGGCAGUAUUUUCAUUCUCUGCGUACAGCUAGCCGUUCUUGCUUCAACUGACCACCAACACGUCGCCGCUGUGCUUUCCUUGUUAUUUGUCAUGGGUAGUAUCGGCGACGCCGUGGGAAGCGCAAUCUGUGGAGCUAUUUGGACAAACACCUUUUUGCCGAAACUGAAGAAGGAACUACCGGAAAAUUCCAUGUCGAAUUUAUAUAUGAUCUAUGAAAGUCUCCCUGAACAACUCAGCUACCCAGUUGGAAGCCCCACGCGCGAUGCCAUUGUGAAGGCCUACGGCUAUGCUCAGCCCAGGAUGAUUAUUGCUGGUACGGCAUUCAUGGUCUUGGGGUUCAUUUGGGUUAGCAUCAUGAAGAACCUGAACGUCAAGAAUAUGACCCAAACCAAGGGUAAUGUGUUUUAA